AUGGCAACGGCACCACCGCGUCGUCGAAACCGCGCUCCAAGCGAGGCUGAAUGGAAGCGCAUCGAGGGAAUUGUGAAGCGACUCUAUAUCAAGGAUAAACUUCCUUUGAAAGAGAUUGCAAGAAUUCUCGAACAGGACCACAACUUCCAUGCUGCGCCCCAUAUGUACAAGCAUCGAAUGAAGAACUGGAACUUCAAAAAGAAUUACAAACGGGAGGAACUGGCAGCUGUGGCGGACUCUGCUCAAUGUUUCGUGAGAGCCGGGAUCCCUCUUCCAGCGACCCUUCACAGCCUGGUCCCAGUGCAGCGUGCGAAGCGCCAUUUCCCGACUCUUUUCGAAAAGUCUUGCCAUCCGAACUCGAGCGAUUCCAGCAAUGGCCGGGAUGGAAUCACCAGGACGAGACCAACUACUGACCGUGGUUCGCAUCCGACACAGAAUCCCUCUGGCCGAAACGCACUGAUGCCGAUGACUACACUACACCAUUCCAAUGAGCUCCGUGACCUCGAGGCUAUCUUGAUGCAGGUCAAUAAUUACUUCCAAUGGAGUCUCCGCAAGGACUCGCCCCUCAGGAUGCAACCGGCUGAGAAGACUCACAUGGGAACGCCUCCGGCUAUUACGCCCAAAGGUUUCCUCAUCGAUAUCUACCAGAGAUGCAGCUUGAUCGCCAACGGUAUCACUGAAGCUGCUGCCGCUCUCGUCACCACAGUUCGCAGAGAUACUGUGAAUUUCCUUCGGAAAGAUUCGCCCGGUCUGGCUAUGCAACUAAGAAGCAACACCUAUUCCUACAUUGGCACGGUUUCUAGAAGAAUUUUGGGAGAGGCACAUCCUGUAACAAUGAUUCUCGCGCUGGCGAGCAGGUCAGGAGGGUUCGUCCCUUCUUCUCAUCUGGUUUUGCAACUGAUGUACGACCUUGCACUGAGACAAGCUGAUAGUCGCUCAAGGUUGGCAGCCGAGAUUGGGGCGAUACUGGUCGAGACGAUCACGGAGGAGUGUGACUUCGAGUCGGCAUCUGAGCUCUGCCGACGUGCAUUGCGACGACGACUGAAACACUUUGGCCAUAACAGUUACUACUACAGACAUCUGUUGUGUCUGUACGGCAGGCUUCAUUUCCUGCAUGGUUUCAACGACGAGGCGGAAAAGAUUUUCCACAACGUUCUGCUCUUGAACGGUUUUGCCGACGAAGAAAAGGACUGUUGGCAGAUGACUAUGUCAUAUCUCGGGUGUAUCUGGGAGAAAAGAAUGGACUGGGGGGAAGCGCACGACUACUACGCUCAAGCGUAUGAUAGUGCGAACGAAGCAUUCGGAUCCGACGAUCCAUCCACCCAGACAUGUUUGCAGGAUCUCCGGCGGGUGCAGGCAAAGCAAGCUCAAGAGAGCCGUGGACUUCAUUCCGUCUCCGAAAACAACGCAGAAGACUGCCUGCAAGACGUCAUGGACAAAUUUGCGGAGCUUCAACAAGAAAUGGAACAACUCGAUUUGGAUGAAGAGGACGACGAAGUCCCGGCAGAACGAGAUAUGCCCUGGAAUGUCAAGCGCGCUGUCGUUGAGGAUAUCACUGGAGACCUCGACGACCACGACCAAUCCAGCCUGGAGCAACCGCUGUCGCACUCCGAGUCGCCAGGUACGGACGCGGACGCGGACACGGACGUCGACCAAAGCAAUUUCGACCAGGAGAUUGCGAAGUCGCAACAGCUCUUGUCUAUGGAGAUGGGAGAGAUCAGGGCGACUGAAACCCUUACCACUAUGGAAGCCGGCAACCCGCAAGACGAAGCGCAUGUCUCCAACCCCUUGGACCCUGUGUUCAUGUUCAGCGGCGAUAUGCUUGAGUUUGAAUUGUCGAGAAACGGAGAAACACUCCUGGAUGACAUUCCCAUCCCCAUUCCCGCCCUAGAUAUGCCGCUCCUGGACGAGGUGCCUGUGCUGGAUAUGAGAAUGGACGACCUCGCAACAAUGCCUUCAGAUGUGCUCCCACAUGGGACCGCUCUUGGAAUGACACCAGACCUGCCACAUGCGACCGAUAUCCUCGAGAAUAUGAAUCCAGAUGGCAGAUUCGAAUCUAGAACUUCGAGAACGAGACAAUGGCACCAGAUUGGACAGGGGCCGGAUUCGACUUUGACUCUAUGA